GAACAUUAAGUCUGUUUUCAGAGUAACAGAAGCUUUCAGACUCAGAGGAACAACAGCGGAGAAAAAGUCCCAGAGUUUCUCUUCUUCUACACAGACCCGGUCCAGACAGAAGAGUUACAUGAUGAAGAACUUCAUGGGGAGAAACUGAAUGAAGGUAGAAGGUGUGUGAGCUGAUGUGAAGUGAGCAGCAUGGAUCAGUGUGAGGACAGAGAGGACAGAGUCCCUCCCUCUAAAACCACUCUGUGUGGAGAACAUGAGGACCAGAGCAAAGUUCAGAGGAAACAACCAGAACCAGAACCUGGACCAGAACCCAGCUGUGUGUCGUUAAAGAGCAACAGGUCAAAGGAUUUUAUCAUUGAUUUUAAAUCAGACCAACCUUCAUCAGCAAACAGGAUCCAACAGAACCUCAAACCAGAACCAGAACCCAGCUGUGUUUCCUUAAAGAGUGACAGGUCAAAGGGUCACCUUAUUGAGUUUAAAACAGACCGACCUUCAGCUGCAAAGAGAGUGGACCAGCAGAACUCAGAGGUUCCCAGUGAUCCAUCUGCCCAGCAGCAUCAAACCCAGCUGGACUCCAUAUUUAUGCUGGUGGAGGAAAACAUUGUUAGUUUUGUGAAGAAGGAGCUGAAGAAGAUCCAGAAGGUUCUGAGUCCAGAUGAACCAGAAGGCUUAGAGAGUCAGUGGAAGGAUGAGGAGCAUAUGAGGAGCAGCAGAAGGGCUUUGGUCAAGAUCACACUGAAUUUCCUAAGCAGGAUGAAACAGGAGGAGCUGUUUGAACGUCUGCAGAGCAAGCUUUUGGCUUCAGUUUGUCAACGUAAACUUAAAUCCAGUCUGAAGCAGAGGUUCCAGUCUGUGUUUGAGGGGAUCGCUAAAGCAGGAAGUCCAACCCUUCUGAACCAGAUCUACACAGAGCUCUACAUCACAGAGGGAGGGACUGGGGGGGUCAAUGAUGAACAUGAGGUCAGACAGAUUGAAACAGCAUCCAGGAAACCAACCAGACCAGAAACAACAAUCAGACCAGAAGACAUCUUUAAAGUCCCACCUGGAAGAGAUCAACCAAUCAGGACAGUGAUGACAAAGGGAGUGGCUGGCAUUGGGAAAACAGUCUUAACACAGAAGUUCACUCUGGACUGGGCUGAAGGCAAAGCCCACCAGAACAUCCAGUUCAUAUUUCCAUUCACCUUCAGAGAACUGAAUGUGCUGAGAGAGAAAAAGUUCAGCUUGGUGGAACUUGUUCAUCACUUCUUCACUGAAACUAAAGAAAUCUGCAGCUUUGAUCACUUCCAGGUUCUGUUAAUCUUUGAUGGUCUGGAUGAGAGUCGAUUUCCUCUGGACUUCCACAACAAGGAGAUCCUGACUGAUGUUACAGAGUCCACCUCAGUGGAUGUUCUGCUGACUAACCUCAUCAGGGGGAAACUGCUUCCCUCUGCUCUCCUCUGGAUAACCACACGACCUGCAGCAGCCAAUCAGAUCCCUCCUGAGUGUGUUGGCAUGGUGACAGAGGUCAGAGGGUUCAAUGACCCACAGAAGGAGGAGUACUUCAGGAAGAGGUUCAGAGAUGAGGAGCAGGCCAGCAGGAUCAUCUCCCACAUCAAUAGAUCUAGAAGCAUCCAGAUAAUGUGUCACGUUCCAGUCUUCUGCUGGAUCACUGCUACGGUUCUGGAGGAUGUGUUGGAGACCAGAGAGGAAGGAGAGCUGCCCAACACCCUGACUGAGAUGUACAUCCACUUCCUGGUGGUUCAGACCAAAGUGAAGAAGGUCAAGUAUGAUGGAGGAGCUGAGACAGAUCCACACUGGAGUCCAGAGAGCAGGAAGAUGAUUGAGUCUCUGGGAAAACUGGCUUUUGAUCAGCUGCUGAAAGGAAACCUGAUCUUCUAUGAAUCAGACCUGAAAGAGUGUGGCAUCGAUAUCACAGCAGCCUCAGUUUACUCAGGAGUGUUCACACAGAUCUUUAAAGAGGAGAGAACACUGUACCAGAACCAGGACAAGGUGCUCUGCUUCGUCCAUCUGAGUGUUCAGGAGUUUCUGGCUGCCCUACAUUUCCAUCGUAGCUUUAUCACCUCUGGAUAUGAAGAUCUAAUAAGACUCUCUAUUAAAUCUAAACUAUUGAGCAGACCAAAUUUAAAAUAUCACCAUAAGAAUGCUGUGAAAAUGGCCUUACAGAGUCCAAAUGGACACCUGGACUUAUUCCUCCGCUUUCUUCUGGGUCUUUCAGUGGAGAACAAUCAGACGCUUCUCCAAGGUCUUCUGUCAAAAACAGGAAGUAGUUCCCAAACCAAUGACGAAACAGUUCAGUACAUCAAGGAGAAGAUCAAUGAGAAUCUGUCUGUAGAGAAAAGCAUCAACCUGUUCCACUGCCUGAAUGAACUGAAUGAUCGUUCUCUGGUCCAGGAGAUCCAACAGGCUCUGAGAUCAGGAAGUCUCUCCACAGAUAAACCGUCUCCUGCUCAGUGGUCAGCUCUGGCCUUCAUCUUAGUGACAUCAGGAGAAGAUCUGGAUGUGUUUGACCUGAAGAAAUACUCUGCUUCAGAGGAGGCUCUUCUCAGGCUGCUGCCAGUGGUCAAAGCUUCAAACAAAGCUCUACUGAAUGACUGUAACCUCUCAGAGAGAAGCUGUGAAGUUCUGGCCUCAGUUCUCAGCUCCCAGUCCUCUAAUCAGAGAGAGCUGGACCUGAGUAACAACAAGCUGCAGGAUUCUGGACUGAAGAGUCCAAACUGCAAACUGGAAAGUCUCAGACUGAAUGACUGUAACCUCUCAGAGAGAAGCUGUGAAGUUCUGGCCUCAGUUCUCAGCUCCCAGUCCUCUAAUCAGAGAGAGCUGGACCUGAGUAACAACAAGCUGCAGGAUUCUGGAGUGGAGCUGCUGUCUUCUGGACUGAAGAGUCCAAACUGCAAACUGGAAAGUCUCAGACUGAAUGACUGUAACCUCUCAGAGAGAAGUUGUGAAGUUCUAGCCUCAGUUCUCAGCUCCCAGUCCUCUAAUCUGAGAGAGAUGGACCUGAGUAACAACAAGCUGCAGGAUUCUGGAGUGGAGCUGCUGUCUUCUGGACUGAAGAGUCCAAACUGCAAACUGGAAACUCUCAGACUUAGAUCCUGUAACCUCUCAGGGAGAACUUGUGAAGUUCUGUCAUCACUUCUAAGGUCCAAGUCCUGCUGGUUGAGGGAGGUUGAUCUGCAGAAUAACAAUCUCCAUGAUUCAGGGGAGAAGUUUCUGUCUGCUUCAGACUGGACACUGGAAAUAUUCAGGGAACCUGAUGGAGUCCGAUGGUUGAAACCAGGACUGGGGAAGUAUUCCUGUCAGCUCACGAUCGACACAAACACAGUGAACAGAAAACUGAAACUGUCUGAAGACAACAGGAAGGUGACACGUGUGGAGGAGCUUCAGUCAUAUCCCGAUCAUCCAGACAGAUCUGAUGGCUGGUAUCAGCUGCUGUGUAGUGAUGGUCUUACUGGUCGCUGUUACUGGGAGGUCGAGUGGAAAGGAACAGUUUUUACAUCAGUGAGUUACAGAAGAAUAAGUAGGAAAGGAGGCAGUAAUGACUGUUUGUUUGGUUAUAAUGAUCAUUCCUGGAGUCUGGAAUGCUAUGAUGGUUACUCUGUCUGUCACAAUAAGAAGAGAACAGACAUCUCCUCCGCCUUCUCCUCCUCCUCCUCUGUCUCUAACAAAGUAGCAGUGUAUGUGGACCAUCCUGCUGGCAUUCUGUCCUUCUACAGAGUCUCCUCUGACUCACUGAUCCACCUCUACACCUACAACACCACAUUCACUGAACCACUUUACCCGGGAUUCUGGGUUGGUUCUGAUUCCUCAGUGUUUUUGUGUUAAGUCUAAAGAGGCUCCACUUGUCAAAGAAACCCUCUCACUGUUGAACAGUUCGGUCUCUACAUGUCUGUCUCUUUCUCUCAGAAACAUUUUCAUUUUCAGUCGGUUUCUUUCUAAAACUUCUGGAAAAGAUUCCUGGUAAACUUUUUCCUCUUCCAGUCCUUUAAAGAUGCAAGCUGGAAUUGUUCCAUCCAAAGGUUUGAUUCUGUUUCCGGUAGAUCCAGUAAAUGUUUGAUCCUGGGUUUUAAUCUCACCAUCAGAAGAAGUUUAAAUUUUUUUAUCUCCAGUCUUUUUUGUCCUGUUUCUUGUUUGUGUCUCUUAUGUAGUUUUUAUUCCUCUGAUCUGAACAGUUUUGUUCAUUAGACCCAGAUAAACAGGCUGACGCCUCAGGAUUUGUAGGCUGUGAAGUUCAGGGUUUCUGCAACUGAUUAGUAAUAAAAAAUUAUGACGUGAGUGAAGCUGCAGUUUGAACUCUCCUGCUAGUUCGUCAGUUCCUCAGAGUUAUCUGCUAUGUUUUAAUAAGCCAGAUGAGUUUCCAAUAGGAUUUCUGAUGAGACUGUUCCUAAAAGAAGAAUUAUUCCAGACAACCUGUGGCUGAACUGUAGAUGAUAGAAAUAUUGGAGAAUAUCACAGCAUUUUCUGCCAGUUUUCUGAAUUUUAUUUUGAAUAAAAAAUAACAAUAAAUGUAAAAUUCAUUAUAACAAAACUCAUAGUUGGACCUUCAAUUCUUUUUAAUCUAUUUUAUGACCAGUUUUUUGUAUGAGUUAGCGAUGAAAUGUUUUUGUAAUGAAGUACUUU